UAAGGCGGAACCUCGUGAUACCGGUCGGCUGACUUGGUUUUUAUGCUCGUAGCGGUUGAUCGUUCUGAUAUUUGAAGACGGAGGAGGAGGAAUGAUGGUGUCUGUACGCGUUCAGCCCCUUGAGUACACCACGGACUGCAAAAAUGCAAACUUUGAUGGCAUAGUCCUGGUGGCCCAGAGUUAUGACCAGCUGCCAGAGGAGCUUGCAGACCUACGUGAGGCUCUUCAGGACUAUAGCUCUGUGGACUGCGGAUUUGCUCAGGAAGUGGUGGUUGUUAAGGUCCCAGGACUCCCUGGGAACCGGCUGAUUUUUGCAUCAACUGGUCCGGUGAAUCGGGACUAUGAUGAUGUGCGCAGAUUCAGUGAGGCUGCUGGGAAUGGCAUCAAAAGGGCAUUAAAAGCUGGCAUGCAGCGCCCUCUGCUGGUCUGCCCACAGCACAGCAGCUAUGAAAUGAGUCCCUUAGCUGCAGCCCUUGGUGCACUGCAUGUGCUGUACAAACCUCUUGAGGUUCGAGAGACAGACACGAAUACCUCCCCUUUCAAGGUGGCGGUGUUGGGCUUAUGGGUAAAAAGAGAUAAAGAGGGUGAAUCCCUUGUCAGCUUGGCCUCCGCACUAGAGGCUGGCAGACUGGUGUGCCGGGACAUUGGGGGUUCUGACCCUGAGCGGAUGGCUGCCCCCUGCGUUACUGAAUACGUUCAGUCUGUCUUCAAGGACAGUCCCGUGCAGGUCGGAGUGAUAAACGAUUUGACUGUCCUGGUGAAGGAGUACCCGUGCUUGGCCGCUGUCAACCGCUGCGCCAACGGUGUGCCACGCCACCAGGGCAGGGUCAUCAAGCUGCAGUACUGUGGAGAGGGACCCAUUCAGCGCACGCUGAUGCUGGUGGGAAAGGGCAUCACCUACGACACUGGCGGAGCAGAUAUCAAGGCUGGAGGCAUCAUGGCGGGGAUGCACAGGGACAAGUGUGGAGCUGCAGCUGUCGCUGGCUUUUUCCAGGUCCUGGCCCAGCUCAAACCAAAGAACCUCAAGGUUGUUGGUGCUUUGGCAAUGGUCCGGAACAGCGUAGGGUCAGACUGCUACGUGGCUGAUGAGCUGGUGGUGUCGAGGGCAGGGCGCCGUGUGCGAGUGGGUAACACCGACGCAGAGGGCCGCAUGGUGAUGGUUGACCUGCUCUGCGAGAUGAAGGAGAAGGCGCUGAGUGAGGUCAAACCAGAGCUGUUCACCAUCGCCACUCUGACUGGACAUGCCAUCCGGGCCAUGGGAGCAAACUACUCCAUCAUUAUGGACAAUGGAGCCGCUCGUCAAUCAGACAAUGCCAGGCAGUGGCAAAAGGCUGGGGAAGUCCUGGGCGAUAUGUUUGAGAUCUCCAACAUUCGCCGGGAGGACUAUGAAUUUCACUGUGGUAAAUCCGAGUACGAGGAUGUCCUGCAGUGCAACAACCAGCCGUCCAGUGCCACCCCCCGAGGCCACCAGUCUCCCUCAGCAUUUCUCAUCAUGGCUUCUGGUCUUGAUAAGCAUGGUGUGGACUCUAACACCCCCCUGCCCUACUCCCACGUCGACAUUGCUGGUUCUUCCGGACCCUACCCUGGGGUUCCCACGGGAGCGCCCAUCCUCGCCAUGGCAAUACGAUACGUCCUCUGAAAGCUGUUUACUCUGCAUCAUCCAACCAUCUCCCAUGAAAUAAAAGGAGAAAAACCUAAAUGCAGAAUCUCAUUACAUGCAUUUUAUACCAAAUAGCUGCAUGUGUUUACAUUUUAUAUUUGGGGGAAACACUGAACUAUACAAUAAAAAAAUUUGGUUGUGGUUAGAACAUAAUAAAAAUCUGCUUCAGUCUA